AUGCUCCAAUGUCAGCACGUGUAUGGACCUGACUCUCCAUUCUCCAAGGCCUAGAGUGGACAAAUUAAAAGGUCUUCUUUUUAAUCAUUAUUAUUUAUUUAUCUUCCUUACUUUCAUCAUCAUCAUCUACUUCUCUUGUUUUCCCUAAAUUUUAUUUAAUAUUUAUCCUUUUUUCCUUUUAGAAAAUUUCCACUUUUUUCUACUUAAUUAAAUUAUGCUGUCCAUUAAUUGGAGACACUAAACUUAGACACCUGGGCUGAAUUUGGCCCAUUCACACCUGGUUAAUUUGGUGGGCUUUUGAGCUUCGGCCAGUCAGGGCAGAAGGCCCAAAGGUAGCUGGGCUUCGGCCCAAGAUCAAUCAAUGGACUCUCUAUGGGCUUUAGAAAUCGACGGCACACUAAAUUAGGGCUUAGCUUAGUGGCGGGAUAACCCCAUCCAAUGGCGCCUUACGGUUGCGCUCUGGUCUUGGCCAUUGCAGUUUCUCCCGCCAAGAUCACAAGCUUCAACGGUCUUCACUAUCCAAUAUUUUCCACUUUUCCUUCUUUCGUAAAGCCCUUCGUUAAUUAUACCUUAACCUCGUCGUUCAUUUACAGAGCCACCCCGAUCCCGGCCAGCUAUGUUUACCCAGAACCGAUACCAGAAUUUGCAGAAGUUGAAACCCAGAAAUUUAAGGAGCAGUUAUCGAAGAAACUAGCGAAGGAUCGUGAAACAUUUGGGAACGACCUCGAUUCGGUUGUGGAUGUUUGCUCGAAGAUAUUUGGUGAAUACUUGCAUGUGGAGUACGGAGGUCCUGGGACAUUAUUAGUGGAGCCUUUCACUAAUAUGUUUAUUGCUCUCAACGAGAGGAAAUUACCUGGAGCGGCUUUGGCCGCAAGAACUUCGCUCCUAUGGGCUCAAAACCAUCUAGAUCAUGAUUGGAACAUUUGGAACUUCAAAGGAAGGCUCAAAUGAUUUGUUUCUUGUUGUUACAUUUGUGAAGAUCCUUGUA